AUGAAGCAUAAAGUAAAACGCGAUAUUAUAAAAUGCAAAAAAAAAUUAGAAAACUCAAUAAAAGCCUUAGAAGAAAAAAUUUUAAGACUUGAAACAGAGUAUCACCAAAACUGUAACCUUAAUGGAGGAAAUUUAAUGAAAGGAUGGGACAACUACAUAAGAAAAACAUCAUUAGAGCCCUUAUGUUUUAGAACUUUUAGAGAUGAUUAUAAUGAUUUCUAUAUAGAAAGAAUGUUAUCCUUAACAUCAAGUACUUCUCCAGCUACGGAGUUAUUUCAGAAUGAAAAUACAAAACAAGAGCAACAUAAAUUGUAA